AUGCAGAAUCCAAAUGCGUCAGAUGUUCCAAGUGAUGUGGACUUGCCAUCUCCGGAGGAGCAGUUGAGUGGUGAUCGUGUGGCGAACCAGGCGUUUGAGCCUGACUAUCGCUUGUUUGGGGCUGUAGGACUGGAUGCAGAUACAAGGGAGCUACUGAACGAAGGACGUUCAGGUGGGUCGGAGGAAACAGCGAGACAAUCGGCUAGCUCACGCGACCUUGCUGAUGUUGGUUCUCCUUUGGGGCCAGUAGUGGCCAGAGUGGGAGAAACAAGUCCAAAGCCUGUGCCAGCUCCUGGUUUGGGUGGGGGUGAGCUUGUUUCGGCAACGCCAGCUCAAGGCUCUGUACAGAAGCCAUCGGGCAGCAGUGGUGUGCGUGUGGAAGUGGACGAGGUCGAGCUGAUCCCAGAUUAUUCACAACUUCCGGAGCAUCCAGCGGCUCCUUCUUCGUGGACUGGUCGUGCAGUGCAGCCAGGAGUAUCUCAAGAUGCUGUGGGCUAUGGGCCAGGGGGUCAAUGUCUCAAGACUCGGCUAGAGCAGAGCCACGACCUGUUGCUGCGCUGCCUGGAAGUUUUCCUUUGGAUGCUGGCUUUGGUGGUGGUGUCAUGGGUCCUUGUGGUGGUACAAUGGGCUUGGGGGCAGCAACCUCAGGGCAUGGAGGAGGGGGGUAUGGAUGUGGAUUGGUCCGAAGGGGCUCCAUUUGCUGGGCCAGGGGGUCCCGUUUUGGAGUCCCAGAAUGCGCAGAUUCGCGCGAGUGAAUCUAUCUCUCAGAGGGCCUUGUGCGAUGAAGCAGGCGGCACCGAAAUCCUGCCUCCACCUCUUCCCCCUCCCGCUUCGCCACAUCCCAAAGGGAUGUCCUUCGGUGAGCGAGCUGAGGAUGUCAGGGUGUCCAUUUCAGAGUUGCCGAAGCUGGAAGUUAAGGAACAUGAACGGGACUUGGCUCCUCUUCUGUCGGGAGACUGGUUGGCAAUGAUCAGCCCUGCCAUGAAGGACAUCUCGCCCACUAGCAGCACAUGGUGGUCUCAGGUUGUACAUGCAGCGACUUCCUACUACCAGGAAUGGUUGAUGUGUGAUCCGGUAACGCGGCUCUCAUUGCAACCUACAAAACCAUAUCGGUUUGAACACACCAAGUAUGCACGGGUUGAGCAGCGAGCCUUGACGAUGCUGUUGCGUGCUGUGCCUACUGUGAUCAGGGAGGAGUUGGUUGCGAAUCGGAAACUAUCAUGCAUUGAGCUCAUAGCCUUGAUUCACACAACCUAUCAACCAGGCGGGUUGAAGGAAAGAGCUGCAUUGCUGCGCUAUCUCACGAACCCUGACGGAUGCACUGAACCAGUAGCCGCACUCCGUAGUAUCAAACGGUGGUCACGGUGGAAGUGUAGAGCAGCCGAGCUGCACAUCUCUACUCCAGAUCCCACUCUACUGCUAGGAGGUGUGGACACGAUGGUGUCAAAAGUGUUUGCGCAGUACCCGGAAGCACAGUUUAGGAUCUCGUCCUACCGAUUUGCAAAGAGCGUUGAUCACCAGCCUACUGAAGCUAAGAUAGUGGAGCUGGUGAGGUUCGUUCAGGGUGAACUUGAGACUUUGGUGUCGUCGGGUACCGUGAAGUCCAAGUCGAAGGCAGAUGGGGAUGCAGAUGCUGGCAAGCGUCUGAGGGUUGCGAAGGUUGAGGACCCUGAGGCCAAAGGAAAAGGGAGAACUAGAGAUGACACUUCGAAGGGUGCUGAGGGUAAGGGCAAGGAGAUUUGCAAGCAUUGGAGAACUGACAAGGGUUGCAAAUUCGCCAAGGCCUGCAGGUUUGCUCAUGAUCCAUUGCUUCCUUCAGAAAAGCGUUGCUUUGCUUGCUCAGCACUCAACCACAUGCGGUCGGAGUGCCCUUAUCAGCCUAAGGACGGACGCGCCUCAGAUGCGCACAAGGGAAAGGGCAAGGGAAGUGAAACAAUAGCAAAGGCUAGUGCCCAAGCCUCAACUCCCUCAUCCUCCAGCAAUCCCGUGCCAGCCUCUCAAUCCUCCUGCCAGGCCCCUGCAACUGAACCUGGAGACAUUCUUAAGAAAGCUGCUGCUAUGAUUGAGACCCUGCAAACUUCCAUAAAGACUGUAGCUGACGGAUACGGGCGUAGGCCAGGUGGUAAUGACCCCACGGGCCUAAUAGACUCAGGUGCAUCUGCUUGUAUGCGCGCCAAGGUUGAGGGUGAUGUUGUUACUGGGGUUCGUGUGGUGUCACUUGCUCAGGGCGAGGCCGAGGUUGAGGUCAACCAGGCAGGAACGCUGUUGACAUCGCAACCCAUCGAACCCAUAGUGUCAGCCAGACACCUAAUCAAGUGUGGCUUCAAGAUCACGUGGUCCCGGAGGGCGUUCUUGCUACUUGAUCCUCAAGGUGUGGCGGUUCCCGCGGUCAUCCAAGCUGGUUGUCCUCGUGUCACGCGUUCGGUUGCGCUAUCCCUCAUUGAUUUCAUUGAGAAAACGUCCUUGGAGGAAGGGGCAGCUGUUGAAGACUCUGUGAGGGUUGCUAGGGCUUUGUGUACCGAUGGGACCGACCCUUGGCCGGUUGGAAUGGCAAAGCUAAAGACGAGCUGUGAGGACGGUGAUCUGGUCAAGGCUCAAGCGUGGCAUCGGAUUACGCUGCAGUCACUUUUCCCUGAGGUUCCCCGUGACUUGGUGGAUAGCGCUUCCUCGUUGGUUCCUCCUGAAGGGGUAAAAGGGGUGUUGAAUCGCCGAAGAAGGAGGGAAGUGGUCCUCCUAUUGCGAGGUCAUGAACGUCGAAAGCCAACCACUAUUGCCUCAACAUUUGACGAUUGGCCCGAGUGGUGCAGGGAGGUCAAGGGUGCAGGUUGUGGUUCAGGUAUUUUCUGGCAGCUAACUUGUCAGUUCCGGUCGAUGUUCAUGUUGGGGGGGGGCCAGGAGCCAGUUGCUGAGAACCCUGACAAGCAAGCACUCAGCGCAAGGGAAGAGCCAGCGGAGUGGGAACAAGCUGGCGAUUACAAGGAGCCUGACGCUAAGCACAAAAAGGCGGGCGAGCUGCUUCCAGAAGAAGGGGUUGACGAGGACAGCUAUCUAAGUAAGGUAAAAAUGGUGAACAUUCCUUUUGGAAUUCCUUUGAAGGAUAAAGGGGCUCAAGAGGUUCUGAGGGCCCUGAAGCUCAUCGAUGCUCGCGCGUCCUGUCUUGGGAUAAAAAUCGCUCGUUUUCACUCCGACAAGGGUGCUGAAUUUGACAACCGCUAUGUCAGAGACUGGGCUGCUUCAAGAGGAAUUUGGAAGUCCUCUACGGGGGGUGACAACUGGCGCUCAAAUGGCGCGGCAGAAGCCUUAGUCGGGAUUCUCAAGGACUCGGUCAGGGUUCUCUUGCGGGAUGCGCAGUUGGGCCCAAAGGACUGGCCAUACGCCUUGAGGCAUGCAGCCGGGAGGUUGUUUCAGUCCAGGGUGAAAAUGCUGGGUUGGGAUCUACCGUCUCUUGUUCCCUUUGGGGCAAAGGUGUUUGUUCAUCGCCGAACUUGGCAUUUGAAGAAAGAUGCUGACAAGGAGUGGGCUGCCAAGGCCGUUGAAGCCAGAGUUCUCGCUCCAGCGCUUGAGAUUGAUGGAGGGUAUCUCGUGCGAACCGUCAGGGAUGAGCUGUACAAUACCAGCUGUGUGUACGAAAAUGUUGAAUAUCUUGAUCCAGCUAGGUUUGUCAUUCCUGAAGACAAGGCGACGGAAGCGAUUCCCCUUCAGUCCUCUACACGCCGUAGGUACAGGGCCAAGACUACCGUUGCAAGUGUUCAUGAAGAUCCCGAGGACUUGAAAGCACAAGAGCUCGUUGACACGAAGCCGUUUCCGUUGACAGCGGCAGUCAACUUUCUCUUAGGCUCGUCGUGGAUUCGAACCCGCCAGGCCAAACAAAGGUACAAUGACAGUUCCCCAAGCUUGGUCCUGCCGCUGGCGGUGCCGCCCUUGGGCGGUGGAAUCUGGGCAGAGUGCCCUGAUGGCACCGACGUGAGACUGGAGCAAGUUUUUAAGGCUUCAACAGCCUGCGCAAGUGAUGAGGCGCAAGGCCGGGGGAGCAUGAAUCUUGGCCGGGAAUCUGUGGUGGUUCCUAGCGUUGACACUUCUCAAACAUGUGCAGGAGCUGAGGCGCAGGGUGGGGGGAGUGUGGUUGUGGAUGAGGGACUCGUAGGAGACCUAAAUUCGUCUUUGGCUAGGGAGUUGAUCGCCCCUGCCAACCUUGCUCGCAUCGGUCAAGGAAAUGAUGAGGCUCUGGGACUUAGUAAGGCCUGGGUAGCGGGUCGGGGUCCUGGAUGCUUGGGCGUUGAGUGCGGGGCGUGUGUAAAGGACUCUGCUGGGGUCUGCUCGCUCUGUGAGAGAGAUGUUUUGUCAGUGGGUCGUUCUUUAAAGGCUUCGCCAUCGUUGCUUGGACGUCUCGAGGAUGGGAGCUUCGUUGAUGGGGUGUUUGGCGAGGGGUUCGAGGGGCCAUUUGAUGCUCUUGAUGCUCGUCAGCCCGGUGUUGGAGUGCAGGUGGAAGGUUCGGGAGCGUGCGGGUCGGUUGGGUCUGCAGGUCGUGAUGACUCUCGGAUCGCCUGUCUCAGAAAAGCUGAGUGCGGAGCACUAGGCGGAACUUCGUUGUCAGGUAGUGGUUUAGGUAAGGUUGUCCCUUCCCUUCUCCCCUUUUUCCCCGAUACUUGGCAGUUGUAUGAGUCUGGUGCGUUUGAGGGUGAUGAGGAUGAGGGUUCGGUUUCAUUGGGCCUUUGUCCGGGUGAAGUUGACCCUGAAGUGUCACUUAGGAACCUAAAGGGGUGGUUGAGUGACGAGGGCAGGGCUCAGUGUAGACAGCAUGCGGAUGUGAGCCAACGAUGUCAAGCAGAAGAUGCUAUAAGGCAUGCCGUUGUUCGGAAGAUUCUUGAGCUUGAGCAAGCCAGCUGUGCCAAGGCUGGUGAGGAGCUAGAGUACAGUUUGUUGCCAGAUGCUGAGGUUCUGUGCACGCAUACGGUGCCGUUGAUUGAAGUUGAGCGGUACUAUGAUCUUUGGAAGGAGGCUCUCGAAAAGGAGCUGCAUUCGAUGAUCGAUGAAAAGCAGGCUCUCAGAGUGAUUUCGGAGGCAGAGCUGACCAAGUACCAAGAAGCCGGAACGCGUGCCAUGAUCAUCCCAAGUAAGCUGGUGUGUACCAGAAAGAGCGGUGGUAGAUUCAAGGCCCGGUUGGUGGCCUGUGGCAACUAUGUUGAUCUUAGUGGCAAGGACGGCGAAAGUCGGAGUGCAAGCGUGGAUCUGUAUGCCGGCGGAAUUGAUGCCGCGGUACUGAGACAGGUGUUAGCGCUCGCAGUCAAGAAGAGGUGGUCAGCCGGAUCCACUGACGUGUCUACAGCAUUUUUGAAUGCUGAGCUUCUGGAUCGCCAGAGCCCGCUCACUAAGCCGGCGCCCCUCUCUCAGCAAGUUCCGUCAGAAAUUGUUGUGCUCCGCCCACCCUCGCUGUUGGUCAAGCAUGGCUUGGUGCCUCCACGCAGCUUCAUGCUUGUCUUGCGGGCUGUUUACGGCCUGGACCAAUCUCCGCGUGACUGGGGCAUACGCCGCGACAAGGAUCUGCGCACUGUUCGGUUGAUGCUUGGCAACCGUGAAUGUCGGUUGGUGAUGUCGGCUGUUGACAACAAUCUGUGGUUCUUGACUACUGGCUGCAAGUCGGACCCUGUGAUGGCUUGUUUGAUGGUGUACGUUGAUGAUCUUCUUGCUACGGGACCGUUGGCUGUAAUUCGGCCGCUGCUUGCUGAGAUCUCCAAGCUUUGGCAAUGUGGCGCGGUAUCUUUUCUACCUGAGAACACGUCUGAGGUGCCCCUGGUGUUCUUUGGGUAUGAAAUCAGGCGAGUUGGUCGGAGUCUUCAUCUCAGCCAGCGAGACUACGUAACGGAGCUUGCUACAAGGUAUCGUGACCUUCCCGCUCCCUCCACACCUCUUCCCCCAGGAACCUUGGACAUACCGCCUGCCGAGGUGCAAUCAGCCAGCGACCUUAAACAGUGCCAGGCCAUGCUAGGGGAAGCGCUGUGGGUUAGUACACGAACUCGGCCAGAUGUUGGCUUCGCUGUUUCUCGUCUUUCUCAAGCGAUGUCCAAGAAUGCAGCUGCAGUUAGGCCACUUUGCAUUCACUUGCUAGGGUAUCUGUAUCGCACCAAAGAUUUUGGCCUCUUGUACACAGACCAGUAUCCAGCUCAGGGGGAGACGGGUUCGGUUGCUUCUGUCAAUGGCAAGUAUGUUGUUGAGGCCCAAACAGACGCUGCGUUCGCGCCCACAUGUGAGAGAUCGCAUGAGGCCACAAUGGUUUAUUCUCUGGGGUCGUUGACGGGUUGGCUGUCAACUCGACAACCCUUUGUAGCAGCUAGUACGGCAGAAGCCGAACUACUUUCCGUGACCACUGGCUUCUCGUACGGGAGAUCGCAGCGCUUCGUGAUUGAGGAAAUCGAGGGUUGCAAGGUAGACUUGCGGAUCCUUAACGACAAUCUCGCGGCUACCACGAUAUGCAAUGCUCAGUCCACCAAUUGGCGGACUCGCCAUCUGCGUAUUCGUGCAGCACAUUUGCGGCAGCAGAUCAGCGAUGGUGAAUGUUCAGUAUCUCACGUUCCAGGUGAAUGCAACACCGCAGAUUUAGGAACUAAGGCACUCCAGCCAUCGCGGUUCGAAAGGCUCCGGGCAAUGAUGGGAGUCUUGAGUUUCUCUGAGGUCACUGCUCGCGAACGCACCAGCUCUGCGGUUGUCUCGUCAGGUCCACCGGUAGAGGAAGCUCUCAGGGUCAUUGUCGCUGCACUUUGCGUGGCAUCAGCAAAGGGUCAACCGUUGAGUGAUGGUUCUGAUGACUUUGUCUUCUGGAGAGUUGUGUUGCUUUGGAGCGUGUUUGUGAUCGUUGCUUGGGAGAUGUUCAGGUGGGGCUGCCGAGUGUGUUACCGGAAACUCACAAGCUGGGAUAUGCCUCAACCAGACCCAGAAGCCUCCGAAUCUGAGAGGGAGCAGGAGCCUGAUGAAGAGGAUCUCCUUGAAGAAGCUGACAGGCCCCAGCAUGAUGCUGAGCCUCGUGAUGAAGAUCCUGGUGUAAUGCCCUUUCGGUAUAUUGAUGACGUUGUGUACGUUGCUCCACAUAGCCCAACGCCUGCACACCCCACAGAACGAGAGCAGCAGGCCAUAGGGCAGGCAGGGGUUAGGAGGCGUCAUGCUUUGAGAGUUUACGCUCCAGAACCUGGUGAUGAGCCACCGCCGCAUGACAGAGGUGUCGGUUCUGAACAUGUUCUUAGGGCAGUCGAGCGUGAGUGGGCCGGCAUGCUGACCCAUCAAGUAGUCGUUAGGGUCUCCGACCUCGCGCCACUCCCAAGUUUUCAGGGUGGAGGGCCACUGGGGCAUCUUGUCGAGGUCAGGGAGCGGGCUGAGGUGUUGUAUGGGAUGCUGAACAGGCCCCCGUUGAUACCUAUCGUGCUUCACCCACAUUGGCCUCCGCCGCCACAGCUGACGGUAAGAGAGCUUCGGAUGAUGGCAUCUGAGUGGGGUGGUCCUGCGAGUUCGCUGCAUCAAGAACCACCUCCGGCUUACCACACUGAUCAGUACAUCUACGUGCCUGAGGUGAGACCACGGGUUCUGGUGAGAUGGCACAUGAGGCCGCGUGUGAGAUUAUUCAGCCCAGUGCGGACAACUGCGCCGAUUCCUCUCACUGCCCUUACAGGGGCGCGACGUACGCUGCAAGAGUUUGUCAAUGGGGACAGGGUCAUCUGGGAUGAUCACUUCAUGGAUCCAGAUCAUGCAAGGCGGCAUGAAGAUCAGCAGUGGAGAGGACGUACCGAGUUCGAAGUAGAUCUCGAUGAGUUGGCGAGGCUUCAAGGAAGAGAUGUGGACCCUGAUGAGGUCUGA